GAAUACUAUAUUUGGGUGAUUGACAAAACGCUCUAGUAGUUUGUUGUGAGGGGGACAGCACUAAAUGAAGGACACAAUUCCGGCGAUGCUGCUGACGGUGAGAGAUUCCACACUACAGCCUCAGUCUGAGCGAAAACGUGAGUGAUGGACAAUGACAUCUUUGGUGGCAUAUGAAGAUUCAGAUUCCGAUUCCGAGAAUGAUGGAAGUGGACCAGAGACCCCAAGAUGUUCAAACGUAACCAUAAAUGGUUGUGAACCUAAUUUUUCAGGAUGUUCAUCUUUGCACAGAGAAGCAGAUUGUGUUCAGGAUGUAUCUAGACAUGCAAUAAGACAUAAUCUUAACAUAACCUCUAGUGUAAGGACUCAAAUAGAGAGUGUGCACAAAGUACAAAAUGUCCCGUCAUCUUUGCAUUCAUAUCAUAAUGUUAACCCAGGAACAGGACAAAGGUAUGCACAGGUGGAGCACUGUCCUCUGGUUCACAACAUUCAGAAACGAUCGUUUCAGCUGAAAGAUAGUAAUUCAAGAGCAGUGAAGCCUUAUGUACCUAAAAGAUUGAGGGUAGCACCAUCUGUGUGUGGCAUGGACUUGGGCAACUCUUCUGGAGAUGAAGUGAACACUAUGGGCGAAGUGGAUUCUACCAUAUUGUCGGAGGAUUCUGUAACACUGCGUGCACAUCUUGGCACACGAUAUGCUGCCACUGAAAUUCCAAGAGCAGUACUUUUCCAAAUGGCAGCACAUCAGGGUCCAGUGAAUAAGGUCCAGUGGUGUCCUGUGCAGCAGUACAGCCAUCUUCUUCUUUCUGCUUCCAUGGAUCACACUGUAAAGAUUUGGAAUGCUGUUGACACAGGCAAAUGUCGGAAGACCUUCAUGUCUCAUGGAGGAGCUGUGCGGGAUGUUCAGUGGUCCCCUUGUGGCAGCCACAUUCUCACUGGAUCGUUUGAUUCAGAGGCUCAUGUAACUGAUGUGGAAACUGGACAGCAGCUGGGAAAACUGAGAAAUGAGUUUAAAAUCACUUGUCUGUCUUUUUUACCUGGAGAUCAUAAUAUCUUUGUAUGUGGAGGAUUCAGCCCAGAGGUGAAAGCGUGGGACACCCGCAUUGGCAAGGUCAUACGGUCCUACAAGGCUAGGAUACAGCAAACACUGGCCAUCCAGUUUCUCCCAGAGGGUCAAGAGUUUGUGACCAGCUCGGACUGUGUGAGCAGGGACUCUGCUGACCGAACAUUAAUUGCGUGGGAUUUUCAGACAGCUGCCAAAAUCUCCAAUCAGAUUUACCAGGAGCGCUAUACUUGCCCAAGCCUGACUCUUCACCCCAAAGAUCACGUCUUUGCUGCACAGACUAAUGGAAACUACGUGGCUUUGUUCUCAGCCCAACGACCAUACAAAAUGAACAAGAAAAAGCGCUUUGAAGGCCACAAAGUUGAAGGCUAUGCUGUGAGCUGCGAGUUUUCACCAGAUGGCACCCUGUUCGCCACCGGCAGUUCCCAAGGCAUAGUAUACUUUUAUAGCUAUGCCACUUCCAGAAUGGUCCGAACUCUGUCUGCCCACAAACAAGCCUGUGUGUGUGUGACCUUUCAUCCCGUCCUACCAUCUGUUGCUGCCACAUGUGACUGGAGUGGCGAAGUUGCAAUUUGGCACUGACUUCACUUGGCUGGGAGAUCAUCAUGGGAAACAAGGUGCUUGGAUAGCCUCACUGAUGGAAGGUCUAUGCAGACAUUUGCCAAAUAAUCCUUGUGGGCUGCUAGCAUUUUUUCCAACUAGUCGUCUUAUUUAAUAUGUCAGUUUUAUAGAUUCUUAAGCAAUAAAAUAAGUUUUCUUGCUCCAGCUUGCAUUUUAGUGCUAUGGCUGGACAAGGAGAGAGUCAGAUGUGGCAGAGAUUUGCACUCGGUACCUAAUUUGGUUUGUCGAUGAGCGCCAGUGGGCAGACUUGUGGACUGGUCUGACUGAGUCAGGUGGGGUGUCAAACUCCAUACGAUUACACAAAUAAAGUUAACAACUGAAACUUGCUGGAUAAAUCUUGAAGUGCGAUUGGGCAAAAGUUGAUUUUGCUAUAACUACUUUACCAACAUGUUCGAUUAUUGAGGCGAGUUUACCGUUUACUUUGCCCCCCCAUCUCCUAGCAGAUGGUCUUGUUUUGCACAGUGUCCCACAUGCUCUUAGUGCCGUUGCGAUGGCUACAUAGGAGGUUUGUGUGACAACUCGACAAUCAGAACGAAACCAGACAAACAGCCAGACUGGAGAGCACAAAGCUGCUGUGUCUGACUGUGCUGCCAUCUUGGUUGAGCGAAAUAGUUUUAAAAAUAAACAAAGAAGAAGUAAAAAGAAAAUAAACUAAGCCUAAGGAGGCCAAACCAUAAGUCCUGACUGGCAGACCGCAGCAUUUCUAAAAUGUCAGUACACAACAAAGGCACCAACCAGCACUGCUUGCUAAGCCUAGUUCUGUACUCCAUAUUCACUUGUGUCUUCUACAGGAGCUCAGUGGAGUCCAUCCACACCGCGCAGCACUGGACCACAAUGCACCAAAGAGGGCUCUCUACUGUACAGGACAUCACAUGCAGCACUGGAUUAUCUAACACCUCGGCCUGGCAGCACACGAGUGGCGAAUGGCACCUGCCUGACCCGAUACUGAAGAGCUACUCCUGUUGACAGCCGAGUCUGCUUUUUAAUAUGUUUUUAUUGAUGCACGUUGUAUUUAAGGUUUGAUGUUGUAUAUGAGCGGUGUGCUCUUGGUAUUAUACUAUUGUAACUAGUCUGGGACACUUAACAGUAAGAACCGCGGUGUACUUUUGUACACAAAAAUAAACUUGCAUGUGCGUGUAAACAGUGACACUCUACAUACGCUUGGGAUUGCAAAGGAGAGCCCUAUUUGAAUCUGACGGAAAUAAAUUGUUCAGGUUUCCUUGAGCGGUUUGAGAAAAGACAACAGGAUACCUUUAGGUAAAUGGUGUGCGAAUGAAAAGACCCCCAAAUCUAUUAGCGGAGGAUUCAGAAAGCAUCCCCUUAUAAUGAACAGGCUGUUGCCAGCUUCUAUAGCAUAUUGGUUGACUCUGAUGUUCCACAUUUAGGGAAUUCAUUUUCUUUAACAUUAUUAUCUCAUAAUGUAAGGUAAAGAACCUUGUCAGUGUAUAGUAAAGGAAUUUUAAUACUGGUGUUUUGCGCUUGAGCUCCACGGCCCAUGUGUCACAGAGAGGACAAUGUGGUUAGAUGUAAAUACUACAGACGCUUAGGGGUGGAGGAGAAGGCAAAGCUGGAUUUGAAAGGGCAGCCUUGUGUGGGUGGUAAAGGCACAGCGAGGGUGACAAGGGGUUUAAAAAUGAGCUGUGAAUGCUUGUGACAGAAGGUGGCACCGUGAUCAACCACUAAAUGUGUCACCGGGGAUGUGGAGACAUCAGGGAUCCUGCGGACUCUGAUGUGCUUGCUGUAAAGUACCCAAGUUUUCAGACUGUUCAGUCCACUUCCAUUCCAGGCACUUUCUAGAGGACACAUGUAAACACGUAUUGAAGGACUCGUGUUAACUUGAAAAUACAACUAAGAAUUGGAUGACAUCCCUGUGCUGUUGGAGGCCAAAGUACCUGUGAUGCUGUGGCUCCACUUGCAAUUGAAAGUUCACAGUGUGGUGGAUUACAAAGAGGGGCCAUUCCACUGUGAUGGCCCUACUUACUGUUGUUGAGGCAUUAUGGCUGGCUAGACUCAGCUACCAACAUGUCACCAUUCCUCAUCCGGCUAGAUUCCUCCUCUGCCUUUGACACUGUCAACUAUCCAUACAGAUCUUCCUUGCCACCCUCUGUGACCUUAGCAUCACUGCUAAGUAUCAAGGGUACACCAGGCAAGCAUGGCAGUCCCCAAGGAUCGGUGCUGGGCCCUCUCCUCUUCUCGUUAUAAAUCUCACAAGGCCCCUACAUCUUGUCCUGUGCUUUCUCUUAUCAAUGCUAUGUGUUUUUUUUUUUUUGAUCCGAUAUACUUUAUUAAUUGCAGAAGAGAAAUAGUCUUUUUACAUGACCGUUGGAUGUCAGAGCAUAGGGUCAGCCAUUGUACAGCAGCCCUGGAGCCCUGCCCCAUUUGCCGAUAGUACACAACUGUACCUGUCAUUCCCUCCAGAAGCCCAAAAGCGUCAACUACAAUCUUGGCCUGUGUAAUGGAUAUUGCAGCCUGGAUGUAGGACACCCAUCUCCAGCUCAAUCUGUCAAGAUGGACCUUCUUGUUAUCCCAACUCAUCUGUCUGUUCGGCACGCCACCGCUGUUCAGUUUGGCUCACUAAUGCUAACAGUCGCCAAGUCUGUACUCAACCAUAGUUUGGUGAUACAUGCCCAGCUGUCCUUCACUGACCACACGAUCUCUUAGUCUUGCAGAGUCACGCUAUACAACAUCCAUAAGAUCAGACCGCAUCGGACAAGAGUAUGCAACACAACUCCUGGUCCUGGCUUGAAGAACAAGCUGCCCAUUUGAGAUUCUGCUUCCCUCAAUGUGUUUAAGAAGUAAUAAAAGUGUCUGCCAAGCUAAUAAAUGUCAAUUACAAAGGGUACUGUGGGUAGUUGUGCAGAGGCGGUUGGAGAGUCGAUGGUGGACCACACAGUGCCUGUGCAUACGCUGACCUUCUUGGGUUCCUCACCAGUCUCAGACUAACAGAUCCUCCCUGCUGUCUCUAGUAAAUUUGUCAGCUUAGAUCCAAAGUUUAAGUAAUGUAGAUAAAUAAGAUUAAUAUAAUUGUGGAUGUAAUUCAAAUAAGCAAUACAAUACUUCACUUUCCACAAGAAGUGCCAUUUAAUCAAUAUUUAAACAUUUCUACGAACAUAUCUUACUGAUAACAUGCUCAAGAACUAAAAAGGCACAACAGACAAAGUGAAGCGUCAGACAUCUCCAUGGCUACUUGAAGCAAUCCAAAGCCAUCGUCAUCACUGUUGGUGUGCGUCAGUAGUGACAAACUCGGGAAGAAAUACAAAGUACCAAGGACAUCCUUAAAUAAAGCACACCUGCUCCAUCUAUGAAAUGUUGUUAAGCUGACCUUGGUGCUGCCGGACCCCAGUGCCCAACCCCACCCCACCAGAGCAGAUUUACUUGUCAUUUCUGCUGGCACCAGCUCAAUGCCAUCCUUUCCAUUCUGUGGUUUGUGGCCCAUGCACGUGUUAUAGCCGCAGUUUCUUGUGCUGCAGAUCUCCGCAGCACCAACGGGUGAAGCAGUCAGACAGGAACUUCUGUUCAAAAUGAGAAGGCAGUGGAAGUGAAAAGUGCAGCAGCCAGGAUCAAAGCGAAUUCUGUCGAUUAACAUUUCAAAGUUGUGCUCUGCCUCUGGAUGUUCCUUUCAGUCUUAAUUGGCACUGCCAUGUUUUCAGAAACUGACCUCAUUCCAGAACAAAAGAAUGUCACCAGUUUUACCAACAUUCUUUCUUUUAGUAGUAAAAUGCUUUUUUAUUUUGCCGUACUGGGUCACCACACACAUCAAUCUACACAACUUAAAAUGUGAGUUAGCGUGUGCCAUCUCUCUUUAUUAUCU